UGGAAAUUGAAACGCGGAACCCAAGCGCGGGUUUUUUGAAAAUAUCAGAUGCAUUCACAACUCCUGCAGUCAUGGAGGAUGAUUCACUUCUAAGUGAUGCAGAAGAUUAUGUGAAGCAGCAUAAUGUACAGAAACUACUCAGGGAUUGUGUGGUUAACUUAUGCUUAUAUCGCCCUAGUAAUCCUGUAGCAUUCCUUCGCGAGUAUUUUGAAAAACUUGAGGUUUCUUCUUGCGUAAAGUGCAGUACCUCCCAAGCGAAUCAUGAGACAGACUCCACUCUUCGAGAGAAACAAUCACAAGAAUGUGAAGAAAAUCCCCAAUCAUCAUCAUCAUUCCCUACGUUGAGUGCUUCUGGUGGACAUGAAGACUUGACGCAUAAAACCAGUGUUCACAACCUGCCGCCAGUCAACAGUCGAGACCAGGACCGCCAAUGCUUCCAAAUGAAGAGCCAUCAGUACCUGUCUGAUCCAGAUUUCCCUAUCCCCAACAGCAUGACUAAAACUCCUCCAGCUUUGAAUAUCGAUAGUAAUUGCGAUUUCUAUGGCGCAACCGAAGAAGGAAGCAGCUAUGAGACGGCGAAUAGUACCGAUGGUGGUUAUAUGGCUGCAUCACCAUCUUCCGGUGUUGCUAAUCUAACCAGACGUCGAUCUCGAAGAGGAGCAGUUAGUGGAGAGGUUUAUACAGAAGAGGAUGCAGCAUCGUAUGUAAAAAAGGUCGUCCCUAAAGACUACAAAACUAUGACAGCACUUUCGAAGGCUAUCGCAAAGAAUGUUUUGUUCUCACACUUGGAUGAAACGGAAAGAAGUGAUAUAUUUGACGCCAUGUUCCCUGUACACCGUAAUCCAGGUGAUGUGAUUAUUCAACAAGGCGAUGAAGGGGAUAAUUUCUAUAUUAUCGAUCAAGGUGAAGUUGAUAUAUUCCUGAAUAAUGAAUACAGUAGUACUAUUGGUGAAGGAGGCAGCUUCGGCGAAUUGGCGCUUAUCUACGGUACACCGAGAGCAGCUACUGUCAAGGCGAAAACAGAAGUCAAGCUAUGGGGCAUUGAUCGUGAUUCCUACAGGAGGAUAUUAAUGGGCAGUACAAUACGUCGACGAAAAAUGUAUCAAGAAUUCCUGUGCCGUGUACCUAUUCUAGAUAAUCUUGACAAGUGGGAGCGUUUAACUGUUGCCGAUGCUCUGGAACCGGUUCGUUUUGAAGAUGGUGAGGUUGUUGUUCGUCAAGGUGAACACGGUGAUGAUUUCUUCAUCAUCACUGAGGGAACAGCUGCUGUCUUACAGAAACCAUCGGAAUCCGGUGAACAAGUUGAGGUUGGUAAAUUACGACCAUCAGACUACUUCGGUGAGAUCGCCUUACUUCUUGAUCGACCACGUGCUGCCACUGUUGUUGCUCAAGGUCCACUGCGUUGUGUCAAACUUGAUCGUAAACGAUUUGAACGUGUCAUGGGUCCUUGUUCAGAUAUACUCAAGAGAAAUAUCGCGAAAUACAACAGUUAUAUUUCCCUGAGUGUUUGAAAUAACUAAGGGGGUUGUGUUGUUUUCACAGGAUUUCAUGCAAAUGGUGAAAUUUUUGAUCCAAUUGUAAAUGUGAAAAGACACACACACACACAAGUCAAUCUGCAAUUCAGAAAGAGUUGUCAACCUUGUACUAGUCUCAACUCUUAUUUUGCUUUUCGAGGGGGUUAUUGUUGUUGUGGUUGGUGAUGAUGUACAUGGACAUUUGAUUUGUUGAUUUUUUCAAAUAGACACAUUGUGGAAACA